UUCCCUAUUUAAAUCGAUUAUUUCGUCCAUCAUUAUCAACUUAAAUAGUGCUUUUUUUAUUCAACUUUCACUCAACAUUUUCCACUUGUUUUUAUUUUCUCAGGAAAAUCGAUACUCGUUUUUUUUGUAUUUUAAAAUUUUCUCAUUUCGAAUUGUCCCUUAAUCACAAAAUGGAACAACAAAUAGAAUCUGGUGAAACUUAUAUCAUUUUUCAGCCUGUCACACAACAAAUUGUGAUUGAUCCAAAUUCUAGAUCGAUUGCAAGCAUAAUGAUGGAUCGAACUUUAUCACAAAAUUAUGAUGUGCAAGCAAUGUUAGAAUUAUUCACAUCCAAUUUACCCCAAGAUCAAUACGUACCGGAUAUUAUUAAAAAACAAUUCACGCGAAUCAUUUCCAGUUAUAUUUUGCUAUACAAUGGUGAUAAACCAUCACGUGCUGUAUUGAGACAUUAUGCCGAAAAAAUUGUCACGGAAUUUCCGAAACUAGGUCCGAUCAGUGAUUGGUAUCAACGAGCCAAUGUCCUCGAAGGUUAUAAAAAUGAUACUGGUAAAUUGGUUCGAUGUAUUGACAAUAUCCGAUAUCAACGUGGACGUGAUAAAAAGCUUAUCACUCUACCGGAAGAUCCGGAUCAAUCUAAAAGAAAACGAAAAACAACUAUAUGUACAUAUCCUGAUUCGAAUGAAAUGAUAACAGCACAAUGUUUGAAAGAACAUCUAAAAACUGUGGAAGCCAAACCAGAAUUUAAAUAUUUAAUCAUCGAUACUAUGAAAUCAUCAUUUUGUCUACGUAAAAUGAUGCGUUCACAAGGCAAAUCUAUUAUGGAUUUAAUCGUUGAAUUUCCGCAUCUAAUCUCAUACAAUGGUGAAAUGAUAGCUCAUGAAUUUUCGUGGAUGUAUCCAGAUUACUGUGAUGAAGAUUCCAAAAAUCGUUUCAUUAGCUGUAGAGAUAAAUUAUUGCCUCUGUAUUCAACAAUAACUAAACCCUUCAAUUUAAAUAUUCAUCAUGAAUUCCUUAAAAUGUUAAUAGCCGUCAUUCUUCGUUUACCACGUGGAUUAGCUGGCAAAAAAGUAGGCAGAAAUGUACCACCUUUGGUUGAUUUAUUCGAAUUUAUGACUAAAGACGAAUAUAAUCGUAAUGUAAAUCUUUCAUCUUCAUCAUUCAUUCGACCACAUGUGAUCAUCGUCAAUUCGAUUGCCUAUACCGAAGGAGAAAUGUAUUUGAUAUUCGAUUCACAUAAUCGAAUACCAUUACCGAGAAUGAACAUUAUUGAUGCGUUCUUUUUGUUGAUCAAAUGUUAUACUAUAUUCAAUCUUUCGCCACCACCAUAUCAAAUUUAUUUAUUCAAUUUUUUUCAGACAAAAGUAAUGGAAUGUACCGAACGACGACCAUUUGCCAGAGUUAAUGAAUUGGCUGAUUAUAUUGAAAAAGCAAUCAUUGACACUAAUGAUAAUUGAUCUCAUCUCAUUUAUUUAAUCAUGUUGAAUUUUCUUUUUGAAUAUAAUUUAUUCUCUGUAUAAUCGGCAAUAAAAAUUGAUCAUUUUCUUGAUA